CAGACUUUGCAUGAGGAUUGUCUCUUUAUAUGUGCACAUAUAUAUCAUUGUGCUAAACAAACCUUACCGUGCUUGUUAGCUUUGGAGGGUUGCCUUUCAAUUACUUCUGAGAUUUAAUGAAAGAAUGGCAGCAGUACAGCUUGGAUUUUUACUUGUUCCGUUUUUUAUAUGCCUCAGAAUAGAAGCACAAUAUAUUAUGCAAGAUGCUGAACUUAUGCAUUAUAUAGAUCGCCGAAUUAUCUCAAUGGAGAACCGACUGAAUAAAUGCAAUCAAGAUAUAACUGAUUAUGUAGAAGAAUUCCGGCAGUUUUCAAAGAAGCUGAUGUCACAUCUAGAAGGCCUCAACAUUCUAAAGACUGUGCUGAAGAAUGAUGUAGACCAUUUGCUAACAAGAGUGGAAAGAGCUCAAAGAGACAUUGAUUACUUUGAAUCUGCAAAGGAAUCCCCCAGCCCGUGUGUGGACAUUGAUGAAGAGCUUUUGGAGCAGCAGUUAACAGAAGAACAAGAGUCCAAGACAAAGAUCAAGCUCAUGCUGAAUGCAAGCUGCAGCUACAUGAUCACAGGCUUCAAAUCGCUAAAGGUAGUCAAAAAGUCUGGAGAUGCAUUCGGCUCAUGGUUGAAAGACCCUGGCAAGAAUUACCAAAAGAUUUACUUCUUCACCGGAACAAAGAAUAAAAUUGUUAUGGAGUUUGCAAAUAUUCGAUCUUUUGCAGAAAGUGGUGAGAAACAGCUGGCUCGUAGAGUUGCACUACCAUUUCCCUGGCAAGGAACAGGCCAUGCUGUAUAUAAUGGAUUUCUAUUUUAUCAUAAAUAUGGCUCCUUAAAUGAGAUAAUUAAGUUUGAUAUUCAGAACAGAAAUGCAACUGAUCAGAUGCUGUUGUCGGGUGCUGGAGAGAUACCUGCCUACGAACUUCACCCUUCUACUAAAAUAGACUUAGCUGUGGAUGAACUAGGAUUAUGGGCAAUCCAUGCAGAACUAGAUACUGCUGGAAAGCUUGUGAUUACUAAAAUCAACCAUGAAACCAUGACUGUGGAAUAUACAUGGGAUACAUCCUGCAGAAGCCAGAAUGCAGAAGCUGCUUUCAUGAUGUGUGGUGCUCUCUAUGUUGUGUACAACUCACCAGGGCGUGGUGUCUCUCAAAUAGAAUGUAUUUAUGACACCUUAGAUGUCAUCAGUCCGUAUGAAAACACAGUACUUCGUUUCCCCAAACGUCAGUCAAAUCAUGCUAUGGUUCAUUAUAAUCACAGAGACAAACAACUGUUUGCCUGGGAUGAUGGCUCUCAGGUCAUUUACAAGCUCAUUACAAGUCAAAAAAGUUAAAAAAAAAAAAAAGAACAGAAUGUCCUCUAUACCAGCCUAACUACUACUACUACUACUACUACUACUACUACUACUACUACUACUACUACUUCUUCUUCUCCUUCUUCUUCUUCUCCUUCUUCUUCUUCUCCUUCUUCCUUCUUCCUUCUCCUCCUCCUCCUCUUCCCGUGCCCCCUACCCUUCUUCCUAAAGUUUAUGGCAGUAAUGGAGAACCUUUUCGGCACCAAGUGCCCAAAAAGUGGAACACGCACACCAAAGCACCAAAAACCCAAGGACCAGCUGGCCAGCGUGCAUGCGUGUGCCAGAAGAGCAGCUGGCGACAGCGCGCGUGCCCACAGAAAGGGCUCAGCAUGCCACCUUUGGCAUGCAUGCCAUAGGUUUGCCAUCACGGGUUUAUGAGAUAGUAUAUAAUUUGUUGUUUUUGUAAGAAGUUGUCUCAGCCUACCUGAGAUCUAGGGGAGCUGUUGAGUUAAAGAAAGGGUGGAUUACUUCAUACAGAAAAGAUUUGUCUUUUCAGUGCAGCAGCUUGGAUUACUUCAUAUCAGGAUCUAAGAGACCAUUUACUGCUAAAAAAAAAAAUGAGGGUGCCUUCAGAGAAAAAUGAGGAGUGGGAAAGAAACAAGAAGCAUCAUUGUUUUUCAAUUCUGGGAGUCUAGAAGGGGAAAAAAGAGUACCUGCACUUUUAUUCAAAUGUAAAAUAUAGGAUGCUUGAUUUUAUAGCAUCCUUUGUUUUUCUGUUUUCUUCUGUUUACAGAAUUUUCUUCUCAUCCUCACCAAGAACUUCUCUGCUCUUCCGAAACUAUUUUAACUAGAUCAAUUCUCUUUUCUAAGUUCAUUUUCCUUUCUUUGACUUACUUAUUGUCCCAAAGUUCUUCCUUUCUUCCCUUUUGCUUGGGAAAAAUAUUUGUGGUAGAAUACUGUAAUCUCUAUGCUUGUAUUAGUAUUCUUGACAGAGGGAAGAAAUAACCUGAGCAAGGAUGAGUAAGCGAGUGUAUAACUUUACUAGAAAAAGAAAUUUAUUUUAGGAAAUGCUUGACAGGGAUAGCAAAGCCUAAUACUUAGCUUGCUACACCAUGCAGAGAAAGGAGGCAAAGAUUAGCAAACUCAGAGGCAGGCAGAGGGACAAAUAUUUUGCUUUCUAUAUACAUCCUACUUCCCCUUGAGGUCAGUAGAUUGUGAGGCACCCAAGAGUUAGUCUCAAUUCUAAUGAAAGAGCAUAUUUUUCCCAAUAAAAGAUCAUUUCUCUUUGCCCAAUUAUUUUCAAGAAAAGCUUGAAGAUUACGCCUGAGACCUUUGAGACCCAAAAAGUAUAAAUAAUAUUGAGGAAGAUGGUUCUGUGCUUUUCUACCUUUCUUGCAUUUCCUUUCUUUUCCUUUGUUGGAUGAUCUGUGUGUCCUCCAAGCCAGGAACUACAUUUAAAAUGUGAGGUAAUGAUCGAGCUUGGUGCAAUCCAGUGGUGAAAUCUAUUUUUUUUUACUACCAGUUCUGUGGGCAUGGCUUGGUGGGCGUGGUGUGGUGUGGCUUAGUGGGUGUGGCUUGGUGGGCAUGGCAGGGGAAGGAUAGUGAAAAAUCUCUAUUCCCACACCACUCCAGGGGAAGGAUACUGCAAAAUCUCCAUUCCCUCCCCACUGCUGUGGGAAGGAUAUUGCAAAAUCUCCAUUCCCACCCAAUUCUGGGGCCAGUCAGAGGUGGCAUUUGCUGGUUCUCCGAACUGCUCAAAAUUUCCGCUACCGGUUCUCCAGAACCUGUCAGAACCGUCUGAAUUUCACCCCUGGUGCAACCCCCUUGCUUGCUUUCCCUGGUAAACCCACCUUCUGCAUUUUUUAAUGGAGAGAACCCUAAGAUAUGUUGUCUUCUUUACUGCAUAUAUGUAUGAAUACUGCAGAAUAAUAUUAAUCCAUGCCAAUGAUUACUGUGACUAAUUUUUCAUAAUUGCACAUGAAACAAAAAUUAAAACAAAAUAUCAUCACUACACAUCCUAGCAGAGUCACAAAGCUAUACUGCUGAUAUAGAAUAGGAAUGUGCUGUUUUAGGUAGGAUUGAAAACAGAAAGUCAGAAGAAUAGGAAGUCCUCUAUGUGCAAAAUGAAAAGAAGUACAGUUUGACACAUCUGAUACUGCUGGACACAGAUGGUUCUCUUUGGGUUGUCUCAUAUAUAUGCUAUAAAUGAGAAGAUCCCAUGUAGAUUCUUAAGCUCUCACUAGGUUACAACUGUAUAUUAAAAUCCUGAUCAUUUUUGUUGCUGCUAUUGAAUUAUUAUUGUUGGCGGAAAAAACGGAGUAUAGAUCGUUUCACAGGAGGAUGCAUUCUAUUUUUACAUCGAAUAACCGACUGGCACUUGGAAAGAUCUCUGAUUUACAAGGAAGUAUGCAAUCUCCAUCAAGCCAUUUAAAAGUCAGUGGUAAAGGAAUUGAGAGUGGAUGGCAGAUUUUGUCGUUCCAGCUUUGAAUUUUGCAAAUUCCAUCCUUCUUUCUUUCCUGUUUCUGUUAAAAACAUUUUCUGUUGUAUAGAAGUAUCUGCCAGUGAUGCAGCUUCUAUGUAAUGAAAAUAAAUAACUAGCAGUUAUUAAUAAAUACUUUGCUGGAUAAGUUCUAA